GCUAUGAAAAACAGGCUAUGAGACCACCUGAUCUUCAUACACUUUGAUUCAAAUCAGCGAUCUGUUUUAUGCCGCUUCAAGUUUGCUGCAGAACAACGAUACCGUGCCACACUCUAUGUGGUUGAUUGGAAAAAGUGAAAAUAGCUCCGAACACACCUUUGCACGUUUGAUUUACGCAGUGAAAAACGUAGCUUUCUUGCUGAAGUACAAGCAAACAGAUACAUUUAUUGACUUUUGUCGCACAAAGCGAUGCGACCAGCUGGUCAAAGGUAAACAAGCAGGUGUAGCACCGAAUCUAGAAGUUACGAAAACGCGCACGCACCAUGAACAGCCAUCUGUUGGCGGAUCAGCAACUGGCCAAGCUGUACUUUGUGCUGCAUACAGGCCACGGUUCCCAUGAAAAUGCAUCUGAAGACAUGAAAAUGGCUUACACGACGGCACGGGAACACAACGACAACGAGGAGCUGCAGGGCUGGAUCACCGAGGAGGAGUGUCUCAAGAUGGACGAGCAGACGCUGACCAAGCGGCAUGUGUUUGUGUUCGAAAAGUUCACCGGGACGGCGUUCGAGCACGCGCGCAAAUCGCCCUCGACCGUGAUCGGGCCGCGGUGUCUGAUCAGCUGCUUCAUGGACAACGAGACGAUACCGCUCGGCGUGCAUCCGGUGUACACGACGGCCAUGCGCAACCUGACCGUAUGCAGCAGCGGCCUGAAGGCGAAGGAGAAAACGCUCGUCAGCCAGCUGGUGUGCCACAUGGGCGGGUACUAUCUGGACGUGCUGAACGCCAGCUGCACCCAUCUCGUGUCCUCCACGGUAAAGUCGGUCAAGUACGAGAAGGCGGCCGAGUGCAGGCUACCCAUCAUGCACCCGGACUGGGUGAGCGCCGUCUGGGAGGAAAGCCAGCGGCGCGAUCUACACGCAACCGAGGCGGCCAUGGUCGAGAAGUACCGGCUGCCGGUGUUUUACGCGCUCACGAUCACGUCGACCGGGUUGAGCGCGGCAAGAAAGAACGAAAUCAAAGCGCUGAUCGAAUCGCACGGCGGCAACUACGUCGGGUCGUUCAAGUCGGAAACGACCGACAUACUGAUCCUGGAGAAGACGGGCACCGAUUCGGCCAAGUUCCGCGGUGCGGUACGGUGUAACAAGGAGUGUCUAACGCCCGAAUGGGUGGUGGACAGUGUGGCCAGCGGGUACGUGCGGCCGAUCCAGCCGUACGAGGUGAAAAGCAUGAAAGCUUCCACCCCGACUAAGGACGAUGGGCGAGCGUGUGGGUCCGCCGGUGCGGUCGGUGUUCGCAUUUCGGCCGGUGAAUUUAAUCCCGACUGUACGCAGCUGUCGGAGAUUUCGCACGCCAACUUUUCCUCCCGCAACGAAACCAUCAACGAAAGCAUGAUGAGUGGGGGAGUGGCGGAUGUAGCACCGGCGGGGAGUAGCUCGUCCGUCGCUCGCCCCGUGGGAAGCCAGCGGUACCGGGAGGUGCUGGCGCGCCUGACCGUACAGCAGGCCAAAAAGGCCGGACCGGUGCUGGAUGGGUGCAGCGUGUUUUUGAGCGGAUUUACCGCGGAGGAGAAGGAAAAGCUGAACAAAAUACUGAACGCAGUUGGCGCUGUGCGGUACGAUGAGAUAGCCAGCACCGCCAUCAGCCACGUCAUCGUCGGCGAGCAGCACGUGUCGGAGUUGAGCAAGCUGCGCGAUUCGGCCGCCCAUCUGCUGACGCUCGAGUGGUUGGCGAAAUCGAUCGAGCUGCGCCAGCUGGCCCCGGAGGACGCGAACGAGUACACGUUUCAACCGUCCGGGAAGGGCAUUAUGAUGGAGCGCGCACCGGAACCACCGUCCCCGUCGAGCAAGAAGAACCUGCAGCGCAUGAAUAGCAGCGUGUUCAAGCGACCGGAUGUGCCGAAGUUCCGCCUAGAGGAAGCGACACCGCCGGAACCGGGCAAGGCGGCAACGGUGGCACCGGCGCCAAUGCAACCGGCCGCAGCCAAGCAGCCGAGCGAACAGGACUCGAUCAUGCUGCAGUACAUGGAGAAGAACAUGGCCGAACGGUUACCGGCGGGCGAACCGAAACCGGCCGCUGGACUGCCCCCGUCGUCCUCGUCCAGCAGCAGCGCGGUGAGCCAGCUCGACUCGGAGAUGGAGUCACAGCUGCCGGAGUUUAUGCUUGGCGAGACGCUGUUUGUGUUCGGCUUCUCGGAGGAGGACGCCGUGCAGAUCCUGUCCGACUGCAAGGAGUGCGGCGGUACGAUCGUGGACGAAAGCUACACGGACGAGGUGGACUACAUAGUGCUGCCGACGUCCUGCAUCGGCACGCCGGACUUUGCCAUAAGGGGGAAGCAAACGGUCAACUGCAUUUGGCUCGAAAACUCGAUCCAGAGCGGCCAGUGCUGCCCGAUGGAGUACUACUACGAGCCGAUCAUCUACGGCGAGGAUGAUCCGACACCGCUGGAAGGGGAAACGGUCGUGAUCAGCUCGUACUCCGGGCCGGAGCGUGAGUUUCUGAUCGCGAUGGGGAAGCUGCUGGGCGCGUGCGUCCAAGAGCGGCUGGUAAGGAAGGCCGCUCCACUGCUGGUGUGCAAGGAGCCAAGCGGUGCGAAGUACAGUGCAGCCAUUCAGUGGGAGCUGACCGUGGUUCGUGCCGAGUGGAUGCGGGAGUGUACGCGCCAGAAGCGCCGAGUGGCGGAAAAUCCCUACCUGGUUGGGGACGCGAUCUGCUCGGCGAAGAACGUGCCCGUCGGGGCGGGUGCGUGCCUUCCCAUGACGUCGACCGACGAUGUGGACAUUGAUUCCGUGCGCGAGGAGGCACGCAUCGGCGAACCCGCGAGGGAAGAGGAGCUUUCGAUGCAUCCGCAGGCAUCGUCCACGAUGAAACCCGUGCCCAAGACGACGGGCGACCAGUUCCGGUACAUUACGGUGCAGAAAACGCGCGAAGAGACGGAGUACGGGUUCACGCGUCUGUCCACGCCCCAGCUGCGGCAGCUGACCAGCGGCGAACGGAUGCAGUACUCGCAGGAGAUGGAUCAGUACGAGGGGCUGAUGAAGGCGCAGCGCGUCCAGCGGAAACCGUUCGAUCCGAACGAGGGCAGUGUCUACGGUCAGGUUGCUGCGGAUUCUCCCGCCGCCGGAGAUGUGCUGCGUACGCGCCGGUUUACCGCCAUCUCGGAGGAAGGCCGUGGCUCGUCCUCAUCCCGCUCGCCCAUCACACCGGUCGCCGGUGCUGGAGCGGCGGGAAGCAGCGCCAACGUGACACCGGCCGGUGCGGGCUUUGAUUACGAAGCGCUGAGCGUUACCCAGCGCGUGAUGGAGUUCGAUACGCCCGUCCGCAACACGCUGUACAAGGUGCUGAAGGAGGCGGAAGAGGCCGAACGGAACAUAACGCCCCGAACGCGGCGCGUGAAGGAGCUGCUAGCGACACCGCACGGCGGUGGCCCCGGGGCGGGCGGGGACGGCCACAUCCGGACGCCGACGUUGCCCGACUGCAUGACGAAGCCGGUCACACCGUACGGCUUCCGGCCGGACGCCAGCCCGGACAAUCACGCCUACCACAAGCGCAAGUUGCAGUAUUGGGAUCGCUACCACAAACCGUCCACCAGCAACACCGCCGGUACGGCGAGUGCAGCCGGCGGCCCAUCCGAUCCGGUGGGCGACGAGACGGCUUCACAACGGGCACGCCGCCUGAGCACGCCGAUCAGCGAGAUAAAGCGUCGAUUCUAUGAGGAAAAGUUUGGCGAAGAUUACGUGAACCACGUGGAGUCCAAGUGCUCGUCGAUGCCGCGCAAGACGCUCGAUUUGAACCGUUCCGGGGAGGAAACGGAUGAGGAAAUUGCGAGCACCGCUCCACCGCCGCCGGCGCCGCCGCAGUCGAGGAAGAAUGGUGGCUCCCCACCAACCACGGUGGCCACGGGCGGAGGAGAGCGUUCGGCUGACACGUCCACCAUCUCGAGAGGAUCACUCGAUCGGGGCAAUGUCAGUGCGGAUAAGCGGUCGCGCAGCGAGCUCGAGCAGGAGGAGGACGAUUACGGCGAUCCAAACGCGACAGCCGACAGGUGCCGCAGUCCGGCGGGCGACGGAACGGAUCUGCAACCGGUGGCCAAAAAGCCGCUGCUCAAUGCGGCCAAGGGCGAUGCGUGCGUCCAGCGGCUGAGCGACGUCAUUGCGGCCGCCAAAGCGUCGGCCAAGAAGAAGGCGAAAUAUCAGCUAAAUACAAAACUCCUUCAACGUCGGCGUCCGGAUGUGGCCGUCCCCGCCCGCCCCGGGGCCACCGCCGUGCGGUGUCGCUACUGCCGCAGCUGGGGCGUGGACAGACGCGUGAACCCGUACUCCGUCUCUUCGCGCGUUUUCUGCACCGUAAUGUACCGGAACUGGUCGCCCGUCGUCUUGGGCACGGGUUUCAUCGUGGACGAUGCCUGCGGAUGCAUCGAAAGCUCCUCUUCCCUCGCGGGUUCGCCGAUGCGUGCCUCCUCGCGCACGGAAUCAAUGUCCACAUCGUCGGUCGACGUCAUGGGAAGGCACGCACCCGCCCCGACGGGCACGUUCUUCGCCGAGCAGAUCGCGUCCCCAACCAGAACUCAUUGUAAAACAUUGCUAAAAUGGUUCGAGAGGGCAUUAUUGUCCAUCGAUAGACAAAUAAACAUAAACAUAAACAUAAACAUAAAAGCAGACACGGAACAGCAACCGACGGAACCGUACACCGAGAUAGAUUACGAUACGGAAGUCAAUGUGUGUGGUGUCGUUUGGCGCGAGCGGGACAUUGAAAAGUCCGCGGAGUCCAAGUGCUCGACGAUGCCGCGCAAGACGCUCGAUUUGAACCGUUCCGGGGAGGAAACGGACGAGGAAAUUGCGAGCACCGCUCCACCGCCGCCGGCGCCGCCGCAGUCGAGGAAGAAUGGUGGCUCCCCACCAACCACGGUGGCCACGGGCGGAGGAGAGCGUUCGGCCGACACGUCCACCAUCUCGCGAAGAUCACUCGAUCGGGGCAAUGUCAGUGCGGAUAAGCGGUCGCGCAGCGAGCUCGAGCAGGAGGAGGACGAUUACGGCGAUCCAAACGCGACAGCCGACAGGUGCCGCAGUCCGGCGGGCGACGGAACGGAUCUGCAACCGGUGGCCAAAAAGCCGCUGCUCAAUGCGGCCAAGGGCGAUGCGUUCGUCCAGCGGCUGAGCGACGUCAUUGCGGCCGCCAAAGAGUCGGCCAAGAAGAAGGCGAAAUAUCAGCUGGAAGCAGACACGGAACAGCAACCGACGGAACCGUACACCGAGAUAGAUUACGAUACGGAAGUCAAUGUGUGUGGUGUCGUUUGGCGCGAGCGGGACAUUGAAAAUAUACAAGCGAACGAAUCGCCGAAACCGAAAGCGUCGAAAGCGUCCGCCAACGACAAGAAGGAAAACCCGGCACGGGGAGGUAAUCCGCUCGCGAUGAAGCACCGCGGUACGCCCGUCUUUGCCAUCUCGGGCGUACCGGAGUACGUGCGGCUCGAGCUGGCGAAAAAGAUCGAACAGCUCAAAGGGGAGCUGGCGUCGGACCCGAACCGGUACGAUCCGGCCUGCACGCACAUCCUGUGCCUCAAUCCGAACCGUGGCGAAAAGAUGCUGUCCGGCAUCGCGGCGGGCAAGUGGUUGCUCUCUAUCAAGUAUCUGGACGACAGCUUCGAAGCGGGAUACUUUUUGGAUGAAGAAUGCUACGAAUGGGGCAACCCGAAAGCGGUGGGCAAGCUGACCGCCCUUGCGUCGGCCGGUGAUCUGGAAACGGCCGCCGCUGCGUACACGUGGCGAACGCGCAUCGCGAACGAUGUGGGCAAACAGGACGGAGCGUUCACCGGGUUCCGGGUGCUGCUGGUCGUCCCGAAGAAGGACCAGUUCGUGCGGUUGCUCCAGUCCGGCGGCGGUUACGUGCUGGACGUGGAUCCACCGUUCAUCCACUCGGAGCGGGCGAUGGCGGCCACUCACUGCUUCGUCGACCGGAAGGCGAAGCUGUCGAGCGAAGACCAUCGUGCACUGGCCGAGGCCGGCAUCGCGGUACUGUCGAUCAUGUACCUGAACGUGUACCUCACGUCGGAGCAGCUGCCCGAUCCGAACACAUAUCAGCUUCCGAUCUAGGCGCGUGUCGUGCACGUGACCGAUCGCGGUGUUUUUUUUUAUUGUUAAAAGGUAGAUUCCCAAGUAACAAAAUCGACAUGCUUUCUCAUUCUACCCAAUAGAUCAGUAAACCUGAGAGAGCGAGAAAGCAUGUCGAUUUUGUCGCUUGGGUUAUUUGUCUUUCUAAUUGCAUUUGCUUUAUUUUCUUUCCACUCCAUUGCAUAAAAAUUGAAUUGUAUAUACCUUCCGGGGGAACAGUCCAUCUUCAAUGGCGCUUCUGAUGAACUCAAAGCAGAGCUUAACAAUUAUUCUCUUACGAUAUCGUUUGGAAUAAAGCAACUCGGUUUCACCGUA